GCUAGGAACUUGGAAUUUGUGUAAUAGAAAAAACAUCCCAAUAAUCAGGAAACAGUGGAUCCAAUCACGGAUCAGACGGAUGCAUGUGCCGUUUGAGAUUUACAUAAAAUCCAUCGGACAUGAAUUAUAAUCUUUGUUUAAUGACAUUAAACUUCUAAUCAUUCACAGAAAGUCCUUCAAUUCAACGCCGUCGGUGUUCAUUGUUCAGACAAAUCUCUCCAUUGAGACGAGGUGGAGGAGAGAGCUGUUGGAUAGAGGGGAAUAAGCCAUUUCCCUCAUGACCAUAUCCCCAAAUCUUGACAAGAGGAGACGGAGGAGUUUUUUUGUCAGAUCUUUCUGUAUACGAGUGUUCCUCAGGUGAGAGUGUGAAAAUUUUGUAGAGAGAAGGGAGAAAAAACAUGGGACAAGACAGUAUAUCGGCGCAGAAGAGAAUUGGGAGUACAGGCAAUAGUUUGCCCACCACUGCAGCCACCACCAACGACAGGGGAGGCCGUACGCUGCCCGGAAUUCCUCGUGGCCGUCAGAUCCAGAAGACUUUCAACAAUAUCAAGAUCACAAUACUCUGUGGCUUUGUCACCAUCCUUGUUCUUCGUGGCACCAUCGGCAUCGGCAACCUUGGCAGCUCCGAGGCCGACGUUGUAAACCAAAACAUUAUCGAAGAAACCAACCGGAUACUUGCAGAGAUUCGAUCUGACAGCGACCCCAACGACCCGGAUGAUCCUGCCGAGACCGAAAUCAACCCUAAUGCCACUUACACGCUUGGACCCAAGAUUGCGAACUGGAAUCAGAAGCGAAAGGUUUGGCUCGAUCAAAACCCACAAUUUCCAAAUUAUGUUAAUAAAAGAGCUAGGAUCUUGCUUGUUACUGGUUCUCCUCCAAAACCUUGCGAUAACCCAAUUGGGGAUCAUUAUUUGUUGAAGGCAAUCAAGAAUAAGAUUGAUUAUUGCAGGCUUCAUGGGAUUGAAAUAGUAUACAAUUUGGCUCAUUUAGAUAAGGAACUUGCUGGGUAUUGGGCCAAGUUGCCACUGUUUCGGCGAUUGAUGUUGUCUCACCCUGAGGUUGAGUGGAUUUGGUGGAUGGAUAGCGAUGCUUUAUUUACUGAUAUGCUGUUUGAGAUUCCUCUGGAAAAAUAUGAUAACUAUAAUUUGGUUGUUCAUGGAUAUCCUGAUUUGAUGUUCAACCAGAAAUCCUGGAUUGCACUCAACACAGGAAGCUUUUUGUUUCGGAAUUGUCAAUGGUCUUUGGAUUUGCUGGAUGCUUGGGCUCCAAUGGGACCAAAGGGUCCGAUUCGAGACGAGGCUGGCAAGAUUUUAACUGCAUACUUGAAGGGCAGGCCAGCAUUUGAGGCUGAUGAUCAGUCAGCUUUGAUAUACCUAUUGCUUUCUCAGAAAGAUCAAUGGAUGGAUAAGGUGUUUCUUGAGAAUUCAUACUAUUUGCAUGGUUAUUGGGCUGGAUUAGUCGAUAGGUACGAGGAAAUGAUCGAGAAGUAUCACCCUGGUCUAGGCGACGAAAGGUGGCCAUUCGUGACGCAUUUUGUCGGUUGCAAGCCUUGUGGUAGCUAUGGAGAUUAUCCAGUUGAAAGGUGCUUGAGUAGCAUGGAGAGGGCUUUUAACUUCGCUGACAAUCAGGUGCUCAACCUGUAUGGAUUUCGCCAUAGGGGCCUUUUGAGCCCCAAGAUCAAGCGAAUCAGGAACGAGACAGCCACUCCAUUGGAGUCGGUUGAUCAAAACGAUAUCCGAAGGCAUGUUCUUCAUCGAAGCCAUGCACCUCCGACCAAGUGAGCUAAUCACUUGUGUGAUUUAUCUGUAGGUGAUGGUGUUAUACGUCAAUUCAUCCAUAGCAGAUAUGAAAGGCUGGUAAUUGUUCAUACCCAAGUUUGUCUUUUGCUUAUUUUUUGUCGUCAUUUUGAUUGAUACUGCGUUUGAGAAGGAUAGAGUGGGAUUCAUUCAUUAACUUAAAAAGAUAGUUAUUCAGCAAUGAGUAUAGCUACUUUGUUUCUAUCUCUUUA